AUGUGUACUAUGUCGCGAGCGUCUGAAUUCUCGAAAAACGUAUGGCAAGGGCCAACUCCCGAUUAUCUUUUGCAGGCCGGCGCGUCUGGUACUCCGUCGGCCGAGUCAUUCGACUUAAUGAUUGAAGCGAAUGAUCUCGCACACAUCCCAGGCCCUCGGGCACUUGCGAAUCUCGCCAAACGUCUUGAGAAUGAGUCACAACGCCUAGAAUUCCCCUCCUCGGGGUCCCUCCCACCUCCAACAGGAGAGAGUAGGGAUGUUGACGACUUACUCAAUACUCUCCGGUGGAUCUACUAUCUUGCGAAUCCGGAGUCACCAGCAACAGUAACUGAUGCCGAAGGAGAUAUUCCUAUGACAGAUAUUCCGAAAAAGGCGCGGAAGAUUCUAAUUCACUGUCCUGACGGAUACACCGAAAGUUCUCUGUUGGUUAUCGCCUACACCAUGUUUUCCGAAGGUAUACCCGCAAGCGAAGCCUGGCUUAGACUCCAUCGGGAGAAGAAGCGAAAUUUCUUUGCUUAUCCAUCCGAUGUUUCCUACUUGAGGAAUGUCCAGGAGAGGAUUCUCCGGGAGUCUCCCGCGAAUCCUGAAAAGCUUCGUGCGGUCGAUCCACAAUGGUUCAGAUACUGCGACGGUUCCCUUCCGAGUCGGAUUCUACCAUACAUGUACCUCGGAAAUCUAUCUCACGCCAACAAUCCGGAAAUGCUCUGGGAGCUCGGUAUUAGACGUGUUCUUAGUAUUGGUGAAUCUGUCUCAUGGAGCGACUCGGAUAUGGAGAAAAUGGGCUCUGAAAAUUUGAUGCACAUUACAAAAGUCCAGGACAACGGGAUUGAUCCUUUGACGCAGGAGUUUGACCGGUGUCUAGAGUUUAUCCGAAAAGGAAAGUCUGAUGGAGCAGCUACCUUGGUUCACUGUCGAGUUGGUGUCUCGCGCUCUGCAACGAUAUGUAUCGCGGAGGUCAUGGCGACUCUCAAUCUGUCUUUUCCCAGGGCAUAUUGCUACGUUCGAGCGAGGAGGCUUAAUGUGAUCAUCCAGCCCCAUCUACGAUUUGUAUACGAGCUCCUUAAGUGGGAAGAGCUCCUGCAGAAGAAACGCAAUCAGCCUAUAAAGCGAGAGCUCGAAUGGGCAACCGUGGCUCGCGAGAUCGCUCUCAUGAACAAACCAUACUCGAGAUAG